AUGAGUCAGCAGCGGCUGGAAACUCGUAAAAGAAACCAUGUGUUUCUACCGUUUUCCAAACGCGUUGAAAGCCUAAAAAUUGAUGUUGCCCACAAAAUUAAACGUCCUGAUGAGAUUGCUGAUGAAUCUAUAUCUUCAUUCACAUUGGCUUGUCUACGUCGUUGGGAAGACUUGAACUUGUCAACCAAUUUUGUUGAAUUUUCAAGAGCUCUGACUCCCUUAGUACAAUCCCUUCCACAAAUUUUAUUUCACCAAAAAGACAUCUUUGAAGUUAUAAAGGAAUAUGCGUUAAAGGGUAAUGCACUCUCCGUCCAACCAAUUCUCGAGAUCCUCACCCAAUUUGCUCGAGAUUUGAGUGCUGACUUUGAGCCUUAUAUAUACGAGACACUGUCGCUGCUGUCCUCUCUCGCUCAGAGCACGGAAAUUGAUGUAAUUGACUGGGUUUUUCAGACAGAGGCAUACAUGUUUAAGUACAUGAGAAAAAUAAUGGUACCUCAGAUAACUGAAGUGUACGACAAGCUUUCCCCACUUUUUGGCAAGGAACACGAGAAACACUACAUUAUCCGUUUCUCCGCCGAAGCCCUGGCAUUUUUGGCUCGGCUUUGUUCUGAGACUGAACGCUCAACCUUUGUCUCUCAUGUAAUUAAGGAUUUGAGCUCCAAUUAUACCCCACAGUUUUUUGACGGCGUGGUUACUCUGUUUGUUCAAAUUAUUAAGGGAGUUGGAACCAGCAUUCAUUCAAAAGGUGUGCACUAUUUCAAGCAUUUGUUGGAUCCUGAAGUCUAUUGUAUGCCACAUGCUGCUGACGUUUGCGAUGCCGUCCUAGUAGCUCUUAUUCGUCACUCGAACCGCGAUUCUUUCACACUUCUUCAGGAUAUUAUCAGUGGUUGCAUGCAAAAAAAGCCAUCCAUGUACGCUAGCCUCUUUUUUUUGCUAGAAGAAAUUCAACAUGCUGCCUUAGACACAGAACAUGCAAAAAUUGUUUAUGAGAUUGCCGCUUCUCUAAUCUUGAAUCCGCAAAUUUCGGAUGUUCUUCCACAUUGUAAAAAGCUUUUACAGAAACUUCAGACUCUGAACCCUCUUCUCUACCUGGCUUUUGCAAAUUAUCUGCGACUUCAAAAUCAUGAACGGUAUCAAUCUUUCGUUCGUUCCACUAUUCCAAACGUUCUUUCACAGAACUUCACAAAACUUAACAAGGCCGUUGCAGCUUUUGUGCUGUAUAACCCCUUUGACGUUUCGUUGGACUUCACAUACAUUAAUUCCGCUGUCGAAAGGCUCAGAAAUCCCGAAAAAUCCUAUCCGUUAACAGAUGAAACCGACAAUUAUGAAGCACUUUACUCGUCAAUUUGGUCUGACCUUCAGAUUUUUCAUUGCUCUAACAUGCCCAAGCCUGAAAAGGUUGAUCUGGUGAUGAGGCUACUCGAUUUCUUUUCCGGAAGCUCAAAAGUUUGCCAUGAUUUUGUAGCAUUCCUUUACGAGAUCGUGAGCAUCGAUCUUGUGAACGAAUUGACCGAAGACCAACUGCAGACUAUGAUCGCGUUUGGCGUGACGCAUCUUGACAGAAUGUCUGACAGUUACUAUUUCCUUGAGUCUUUCAACAGCUUGCUCAUGUGUAGAAAGGUAUCACUCGGUAUUACUCUUGAGCAGGCAUCAGAAACUCUACUUCCCAAUUUACUUAAGGGCGGUGUCAAUCUACGUGUAGCGUCUUUGAAGCUUCUUGCUACUAUUUUCAAAACCUUAAACUCCAAUGUUUCUCCAUUUGAAUCUAUGAAACUGUGUUUACAGUUUGCUGAGUUACCACAAGAUCUUUCUUCCGUGCGUGAUGCUGCUCUACAGCUUCGUAACUUGGCUACGAGAUUUGGACAGGUUUCUAAUGAACACAUAAAAUACGCAAUUAUAUACUUUCUUACGGGAAGUAUGUUGACGAAGUUCACUCCCUUAUGGAAACACCUCUCUUCUACACUCUCUCAGAUUCUCCCGCAAAAGCCCAACGAAAAGUACGGUCAAGUUUUAUUAAGUUGGUUAAGUCAAAAUCAACCUCCUCAGUCUAACUUGUCUGAUGUCGAACUUAACAUCCUCAACGAACUGGAUGAAGACCGUUCUGUUCGCGUUUUGACUGAGCUGCCCAACUGCAAUUGCUUGGUUCUGAAUAAAAACAGACAGGUUUUUCAUGAUGUUUUCCUAAACUUCAAAGAUUCAGCCAGAUUUCUCUACAAAAAUUUUCUUAAAAAAGUGUUUCAGGAUUUCAGUAAUCUUCCAAGCUAUCGUUCUCAAGCACUUCGUGUGAUGCUUGAUUCGCCCCAUGUUAUUCGUCCCUUACUCGAGAAACUGGACGAGUAUUUAUUUGACAUUCGGUUUGAAUACGAUAUUAACACAAACUGGUUGCGUCAGGAUGUUUACUUGAUUUUAGAAGUCUACACGAAAUUCAAGGAUCAGUCCUCUUCGAAGAACGCUAACAACCGAAGAGACUUUUUCAGCUGGCUUUUAACUACAAAUGACGCUAAAGUCCAGAAACUGUCUCUUCAGAACAUUUUAUCUUGGAAUGAAGAAGCUCUAGUCACCUAUUCUGAAAAUCUCGAACGCCUUCUCGAUGAUAAAACAUUCAGAGACGAGCUCACGACGUUUUUGUUUGUUGAUGAGGAUGCUUCAAUCAUCCAGGACAAGCAUCGUUCUCUUUUAAUGCCCGUUGUUAUAUCUAUCCUUUUCGGUAAAAUGACAGCUAGAGGUUAUGGCGGACAGAAAAAUCAGUCUGCUCGGAGAGCUACUGUUCUCGCGACAAUAGGAAAUCUUCGGACGGAUGACCUCGGCAGCCUCAUCCAGUUGAUGCUGAGACCUUACACGCAUCUUCAAUUAAAUCUGCACUCAGUUAGCGACUUAACAACCGCAUUAGGGAAAGCACCUGUGUCUGCGCGAAGACAGAUAGGUUUUCUUACAAUGUUGAUUGGAAUUUCCUCCCAAUUAUCAUCUAAAUUGGAACCAUUUGCCGAGCAGCUUGCAGAUGCUUCGCUCUACAGUCUUGCAUUUGCUGAAAACCAUUUGCAAACUGAGCCUGCAGACUCAUAUGAAGCUAAAAACUUACAUACUGUCAAGCAUCAUGCAUCAGAAGCCAUUUUUAACCUGAUGCAGAAAUGCACAAAUACUAAUUGGGAUUCUCGCAUCGUCUUGUUUUAUACCUACUUUGUCGAACCCCGUCUUAAUGUAUUUGCCGCCGAGAAUGCACAGGCAGUGUCACGUUUGUUACGUUUAAUUACUCUGUGGACGGAAAGCUUUAAAUACCUUUCGGUAUUCAUAAAAUUUGGUCAUAAGCUGAUCCCUGUUUUGCUUAAUGUGGUUACAAAUCCCUCUGUUAAGCCUUCUGUGGUGCUUCAUGUCAUGAACACUUAUGGUAAUAUACUGCUGUUUUUGGAAGGCGAAAACGAAGAAAUGGAAGACGAAGCACACGUUGCUGUGAAGGCUGAUAUUCGUUCCAAAAUUAUCGAACCAACCGUCGUUCCCCUGUUUGAACGAAUCACUCACAUCCUGGAACAACCAAUCUUUAGUGAUGAUUCUUCAGUGUUGACGACUGUUAUUCAGCUACUGUUCAGAAUUUCUCCCUUUGUCUCUACGGCUGUUGAAAGUACUAAACUCUUAGAUCUCAUCGUUCCAUUCUUAAGGAAACCCAAAAACAUUGCCUCUAAUGCGGCUAAAGACGGAAUUCUUGGUGUCGUAUCCAAGUUUAUUCCAAACAAUAGCGCUUGGGUAGAGAAUUCUUACUCAACCAAUGGCCAUUUCAAUCUUUUGAUGAGUCUCUUUUCUCUUCUUUCGUCUGUACAGUCUCGUUCAACAUUACAGGAUAUACUCUCUACAUAUUCUAACAAGUUUCCUGAGCUAAACAUCGCUUACGUUUACGUUAAGGAAACCAAUGCAAUGUCAACUCGCCGUCUUGAUGAGCCGGAUUUUGGCCGCCGUCUUUCUGCUUACAACUCUUUCAAUGAAACACAAUAUUUGGAUGUGCGGGCACUCAGCUGGUUACCAAUCGUAUACAAUGCUCUAUACUAUGUCCAAGACGAAGAAGAAUUGGCUAUAAGAACUAGUGCUUCAAUGUCACUGAAAAGGUUUAUCGACGGAACCGCUAAGCACGGCUUCAAGGAUGAAGUCGCUUUUAUCACCAAACAAUAUAUGUUGCCACGACUUGCAGCAGGAUUGAAGGUUAAAAGUGAAUUAAUUCGUCAAGAAUAUGUUUCUAUUCUUGAUCAUAUGAUAAAGUUCUUGCCAGAUUUUACGGAUAUUUCUGAUAUGAAGGUACUCCAGUUCGCAGGAGAUGAGGAAGCAAACUUCUUUAACAAUAUUCUUCACAUCCAAGUCCAUAGACGUCAGAGAGCAAUUAAAAGACUGAGUACAACUGCUCUGCAGGGAAACCUCAAAAGCAACAAUAUCGCUAGAAUAUUCAUCCCAUUGCUGGAACAUUUCUGUUUCGGUGAGGGCACAGCAAAGGUCAAUCAAUCCAUUAUUGAUGAAUCUAUACUUGCAAUUGGUGAUCUUGCCAAAGGACUUGUCUGGACUCAGUACUUUGCUCUUCUAAAACGCUAUAUGAAACUUUUAAAGGACAGCAAUGUCGAUCAAAAAAUUGCUGUUCGUAUGCUCAGUAUCGUCAUAAGUGCAAUUCGCACUAAAGAAGAAGCAAUCGCUAGCUACACUUCAGAAGAGUCUGAGCAAAAUGAAGCAGAAGUAAAGCCCGCCAACAGCUGCCAGUUACGUUCUUCACUUCCUGCUAUUGAUAAGUUUGUUUCCGUCGUGGCCACAGAUAUUCUUCCCUCGCUCUUGCUUUAUUUACACAUUAGAGAGGAAUCCACUGUAUCCUUAAGAGUUCCUAUUGCUCUAAGUAUUGUCCAACUCUUAUCAGUUAUGCCGAAAGAUGAAGUCGUUCUACGACUUCCCCCUGUUUUGACUGAUAUUUGUCAUAUACUGAGGAGUCGUUCCCAAGACUCUCGGGACGAAACUCGUAAAGUUCUUUCUGCCAUUGCGUUGUAUCUCGGUCCUUCUUAUUUUUCUUUUAUUCUUAAGGAAUUAAAAGGCUCUUUGCAGAGAGGAUAUCAACUUCAUGUUUUAGGUUAUACAGUUCACUCACUUUUACUUAGUGUGGAACCAUACUUUCCUUAUGGCUCAUUGGAUUACUGUUUGCCCAUGUUGGCGGACAUCUUUGUGAAUGAGAUUUUCGGUGAAGUUGGUCUUGAAAAAGAUGCCGAGGAUUAUCGCUCAAAUGUUAAGGAGAUCAAAGGCAACAAAAGUUAUGAUUCGUACGAAGCUAUCACUCGGCUUGUAAGUUUUCCAGUACUACCGGUUCUUAUAAAACCAUUGAAGAAUAUUCUUGGAGAAACAACGCUUCCAAAAUCAUUAAGAAAAGUGGAUGAAGUUCUACGGCGCAUUUCUCUCGGCCUGAUGGACAACAAAAAUAGCAAUAGCCGUGAGUCCUUGGUUUUCUGCUUUAACAUUUUUGAUUAUGUUAAACAAGAAUGUGAUACCAUUUCUAAACGCGCUCAAAUUGAUGAUCGGUUUAGACGUAAUCACUUUCCUCAAAACUCCAGUAAGCUUAUUCGUUUCGCUAUAGACAGUCUACGUGGUAUUGUUUCAAGGAAUCGCGAAUUAAUGACAGAGGGCAAUUUGUCUCCGUUCAUUCCACUUGUCGGUGAUGCAUUACUGGGCUCUUCGGAGGACGCAUUUAUUGCAUCUCUCAGAUUUUUAACGUUGGUUCUUCCAUUGAAUAUGCAAUCUGUUCGCAAUGGUAGCAAGGUCUUCAUUUCUCAAGCGGUUAAGUUUGUCCGUGAAUCUUCAGCCACUAAUACUGAACUUUGUCAAGCAAGUCUUAAGUUCCUUGCAAACAUCAUUCUCGACCCUGAGGUCGAGAUUAAGGAGUCCGUUUUAAGUUACUUACUUGAAAGAAUUGCGGUUGAUAUUGAAGAACCGGAUAGACAAGGUGUUAUGUUCUCUUUGAUUCGUUCGAGUUUAUCGAGAAAGGUGAAGACACCCGAGAUGUACAAAAUUAUGGAUAAAAUUCGUGACAUGAUGGUCACAAAUCAAACAAAAACUACGCGACAAGUUGCUCGCAAUCUGUACUUUACUUUCCUUCUUGACUUUCCUCAAGGCAAAAUCAGAUUGACCAAACAGUUCUCCUUCAUUUUAAAGAACUUAGAGUACAAGUAUCCACCUGGACGAGAAUCUGUUAUGGAACUACUGCACUCUAUCUUAAACGGUUUUAGCGACAGCGUGCUCCUUGAAUUUUUGCAUAGUAUAUUUAUGGCUUUAGUCAUGGUACUUGUUAAUGACGAUGAUGCACAUUGUCGUGAAAUGGCGGCAAUACUUAUAAAAUCUGUUUUUACGAGAGCAGACACGGAACGUUUCAGUCAGAUUAGUGACUGUAUCAAGCAAUGGGCUAUUACUCAUAAAGGUGAGCAGUCUCAUCAACUUCAGUCUAUGAGUUUGCAGUUACUUGGUUUAGUUUUUGAAACCUUUGGUUUUGAAAAGGAUGAUCUUGUCACGUUUUUCUUGCAAAAAUUAAACGAAGUUUCCGAGAAUGCUGCCGCCGACCUUAACAACACCGAAGAACAUUGGGAAACAGUUUACUUCUGUCUGCAGGCUUGGAUGAAACUUGUCGUGAAGGAUGCAGAUGAGGCUUGUUCCGAGCAGUAUCUCGCAAUUUGGAAGCAUGUGCGCUCAUUUUUGUUGUACAAACAUGCGUGGGUUCGUCUUUCCGUUAGUAGACUCUACGGACACCUUUUCGCUCGUUGCUCUGAAGGAAGCCUUGCCAAGGUACCGCUUUUGGUUGCAGAUCUUCAAUUAGACUUGCAAACUGUCGUUCAAAUUAGCAAUGCUUUCCAGCUUCAAUUACGAAGUUCUAUGCUUACUGAAGAGCUUGGUGUCCAAACCACAAAGAAUCUUGUGUUUAUUAUGAGAUAUUUAGCAAACAUUGUUGAAGAACACCAGGAACCCCUUGAAGAGAUGUUUGCACAUAUGGCCAAGUCAUUGAAACAUGAAAAGAUUGAGGCUGCCACCAUAAAUAAACGAUUCAUGACGCAGUGGUUUGUUAUUGCAGUGCAUGCAUUGGACAAAUCGGUCUUAUUGAAACUUUUGAAGCCUAUUGUGUCGGUUUUCUACCGCUAUACUGAGUUAAACGAAGCCGAAAUAAAAGCUCAACAGGACCUUGUUGAUAUGACUUCCGAGGCAAUGAGUGUUUUGCAAAAUAAGGUCGGAACAACAGCUUAUGCGAACGCGUAUAAUGCCGUUCGCCAAGAAGCUUUGGAGACACGCCGUGCGCGGAAAGAGAAGCGUGCCAUUGAGCUGGUCGCUGAUCCUGAAGCCGCCUCGCGUAAGAAGCUUAAGCACAAUUUUAAGAAAAAAGAAAGUCGCAAGCGUAAGGCUGCUCAUCAAAAGGCUCUAAAUGCCAUCUAUAAAAGACACUAGAAGUUGGUGCAUCAAAAUAAUGCUGGUUUUUGUUUCUUCAUUUUGAUUAUUAAAAGUCUGCUUUCUAUAGACAACGGAUGAUUUGGAAUUUUUGGAAAUUGAGUUAGGUUAUUACAGUUUUAUGUUUUUAAAUAUCGUGUAUAAUAGAGAUCAUAUUCAUUCUGUCGUCAAAGACUUCGGUACUCCCGUACACGGUGAUUGCUACUUUCAUGAUUUACACAC